GUAUACUUUCUAGCACUUUGUUUUCCUUACUCAUCAUUUUAUGUUUUAGGAUAAAUAAUCAAAUUUCCGCUUCAAUGAAAAUUAAGAUAGCUGCCUAUACCAUUGCCCUUGCUUUGCAUAUUAACAACUUUGAAACAGACCUGACAGUCUUACAGCGGGAUCUGAAACUGCGAGAUAGCAGGAUCAUUGAUAUUGCCAAAGCGAUGAGACUGAAGAUUUCCAAAACCAAAGGCCUCUUUGGACUCGAUGAGCACACGCUAGCGAUUCUCUCUUUGCCCUUACCUAAGUACAAGGUGUCAGGAGGACGUCGUAAACGCAGGAUGAACUAGAGGACUACAAUGGCUCCUUUCCAGAUUUUUCUUCUGUGUUGCACAAUUUUGUAAAGGAAUGCAUUGCUAUUCUUGCCACCACCUCAAGUUUUUCUUUCUUCCAGAUGAUGUUGACUUUUUUUUUUUUGGUAGUCAAAGAUUUUCAGCCUAAUUUCUUGUAAUAAAGGUGAUAAAACAACUGGAUAAUUUCUUUGCUGUUGCCGAGUGAGAAACUUUGCUUCUCUCCAGAGGUUGGGACUAACAACAGAGGUCUGCACUGGUAUGUUGAGGACAUCUGCAAAGGGUGGAUCAUCAACAUCAACUACAGAUUUUACUGUCAAUUGUUAUCUGAGUUCUGUGUAGCUAUAUGAUGAUCUCUUCCCUCCCGUACAAUUUGCAUUAAAAUACUUUAAAUGCAA